UCAGGCUGCGCCCAGCCCCGCCUCUUCGGCAUGGUGGGUUCGCUGUCGUCGUCGUUGCUGUGCCUCCUGUCCCUCCCGUGGCUCCAGCUAGGAAAUGCACAAGCUGCUGACAUGGUGCAGCUGCCAGGUGGACGGUUCCUGAUGGGGACAGAUGCUCCGGAUGCCAGAGACGGUGAAGGGCCUGUCCGGGAGGUAACAGUAAAGCCUUUUGCCAUCGACAUAUUUCCUGUCACCAAUAAAGACUUCAGGGAAUUUGUCAGGGAGAGAAAGUACAGGACAGAGGCUGAGCUCUUUGGGUGGAGCUUUGUUUUUGAGGACUUCGUCUCCAGUGAGCUAAAAAACAAAGCAUCCCAGCAGAUGAAGCCUGUCCUCUGGUGGCUUCCGGUGGAAAGGGCAUUUUGGAGGCAGCCCGCAGGACCUGGCUCCGGCAUCCGGGACAGGCUGGAGCAGCCUGUGCUGCAUGUGAGCUGGAACGACGCCCAGGCCUACUGUGCAUGGCGGGCCCGCAGGCUGCCCACCGAGGAGGAGUGGGAGUUUGCCGCCCGGGGUGGCCUAAAGGGUCAGGUUUACCCUUGGGGAAACAGGUUCCAGCCCAACCGCACCAACUUGUGGCAGGGCAAGUUCCCCAAGGGUGACAAAGCUGAGGACGGCUUCCACGGAGUGUCGCCAGUUAAUGCCUUUCCCCCGCAGAACGACUAUGGGCUCUUUGACCUCGUGGGCAAUGUGUGGGAGUGGACCGCGUCGCCCUACCAGCCUGCGGAGCAGGACAUGCGUGUCCUCCGGGGUGCGUCCUGGAUCGACACUGCUGACGGCUCCGCCAACCACCGGGCCCGGGUCACCACCAGGAUGGGAAAUACUCCUGAUUCAGCCUCGGACAACUUGAGUUUCCGCUGUGCGGCCAGCGUGGGCCGGCCCCUCGGGGAGCUGUGAGCACCGCGGCACUCUGUCGUCGCUGCGUGCCCAGCGCACCCACAUUCUACGCUUCCGCCCUGCCCUCCACCCUCGCCAUCUCUCACCGGGUCAGGAGGGGACCCCGCUGCUGCGUAGAGAACAGGGUGGACUGGGAGCUGGGGUUCCCUUAGAGGGCAAGGGCGGUGGACCCAGGGGCCAGAUACUCAAAGGCAGGAAAGGAUGCCCUGAAGGCCUUGGUUGCGAUGUCCAAGUGCAUACCCUGCCCUUAUCCCUGUCUGACUCGGGGAUCUCACAUUGUCUCCUUGCAGCAGAAUUCUCGCUAGUAGGCAGCUUUUUCCUUAAUGAACUCUUUUUCCCCCCCGGAGGGGUGGUUGUGUUUGAGACAGGGUCUCACUAUGUAGUUCAGGCUGCCCUUGAACUCACU